AUAAAACCCGCUAAACCAAUUACUAUCAUAUUCCCCAUUAUUCUCAAUUCAUCUCACGAUUUGCCUCAGAAGUUAAUACGCCAUGAGCGAACCUCGAAAGAAUCAGGUUUCGUUGCGAGGUUCAAGUGCGAAAGAGAUUUCGAGGGAUGUGCUUUUGGAAAAAGUUUCACAAGAGAGAGCGUUGAGGAAUUUUACUCGGCGAGCUACUGCUGCCGCGCUCUUAAUUCAGAGAGCUUGGCAGCGGUACAAUGUUAAAAAACGUAUAUCCCUGGAGUUUCAGCAGCAGUGGGAAUCAUUGAUAAAGAGUCAUCUUGCUCCUCUAAAGAAAUUGUCUAUAUCCAGCCAAGUUCUGAGGCCUUUUCUUUUCUUUACUACAUUCUUGUUGGCGCGAUAUCCAAGAAUCCAACCCAGAGAAAAAGAUUGCAUCAGGAGUUGCUUUAAAGUUAUCCUGGAGAGCAUAAACUCAACCAAUCCUGAUGAAAACUUUUGCUCAAUGGCUACUGGAACAGUGGAAGAGAGAAAAGUUUGGAAUUAUCAAGCAAAGAAGUUGAUUACCAUUUGCUUGUUUAUUUUAACAGAAUAUGAUAAUUCUUGUCACAAGAGUAAUGAUGUUUUACUCGCAUCAUUGGCAAUGCGCUUGGCAGUAAUUCUGACCGACGUGAAAGGUUGGAAGUGCAUCAGCAAUACCAAUAUACAGGGUGCAUUAAUGGCUGUUAGGGAUUUAGUUCAGUUCAUGGGAAGUAUUAGAAGUGGACUAUACAAUUCUGUAAGGAAGUACAUAUGUAAACUUGAGGCUCCUAGUUCCUUUCAGUCGACUUUGUCUUCUCAGACAGAUGAGCAGUUAUUGAUAACUGCAAGUGCAAUUACUUUAGCACUACGGCCAUUUCAUAUCGCAAACCUAGUUGCGGAUAAUAAAAAUGAAUUACUAGAAGUUCAGAGUGCUGCUGAGCAAUACUGUAUUUAUCUACUCACAAUACCUUGGUUUGCUCAACGGUUACCAGUGGUGUUGAUUCCGCCUUUGAAACACAAGUCUGUGUUAACACCUUGCUUGAGGAUCCUAUUGAUGUCAAAGGAGCAAAUUCUAAAGGAUAUGUCAGAUAUGGAUCAGAUGACAAAUUUUUCUCACAACAGGGUGAUGCCACCAGUUGGUUGGGCUCUUGGAAACUUUAUAUACCUUGCUGCAGGCAGUGAAAGCAAUAUCUUAGAUUCUGGAAAGUUAGUGUCUGGUUUAGACCGUCAAUCCUAUGUUCGUGUAGUGAUUAUGCUGGCGGAGAAAUUGUUGUCUCAGAUAGAAAGGGCUGGAUGGGUGAGAAAAGAGAACCAAGAAGUUCAAGGUGACGGAAAUUCUGUUGAAGCCGAGACAACUUUUGGAUCCUUGAAGAUGUCAUAUAUGGGCCUCUUUAAGCCUGUUUGGCUGCAGAGGCACCUGAUGGAACUUUUAGUGUUGGAGAAAGAUGGUCUCUUUCAGAAAGCUGAAAGUCUACCCUCAUGCGGAGCGGAAUCUUCUGGGAGCUGUGAAUUGCUUGAUGUUGCUUACUACUAUUCAUGGAUGCUCAGAAUAUUUUCUAUUUUGAAUCCGGUGCUAGGGGCAAUGCCAGUCCUCAACAUGCUAUCUUUUACUCCUGGGUUUCUUUCUAACCUGUGGGGAACCCUCGAUGAAUCACUUUUUCAAGGAAAGAAUCUUGUCAGUAGGGGCAAAUAUUUGGAUGAAAGUACAGUUUCUGAAAACAAGAUUCUUGAAGUUUCUGAGAGAAAGCAAAAGCAUUCUUCUAAAGAUAUAGGCAGCAAAUGGGCUAGUGUAUUUCAAAAGAUUACUGGGAAAUCACAAACUGAGUUCAAAAGUGUGGAUCCAGUUGGUGGAAAAUCAAAUACAGUGCACAUUGACGAGCAUUAUUCUGAUAUGUGGGACAUUGAACUGCUAAGGCAGGGCCCUGAUGGCCUAUCACAAGAUUUGUCUUGCUUACUACAUCUGUUUUGCGCUAGUUAUUCACACCUGUUGUUAGUUCUUGAUGACCUGGAGUUUUAUGAGAAGCAGGUCCCCUUUACAUUGGAGCAGCAGCAGAAAAUUGUGUCGGUGCUGAAUACAUUGGUUUAUAAUACAAUGUCGCACAGUAUUGGUCCUAAAAGUAGACCUCUGACGGAUUCUGCUAUCAAAUGUCUUCAUUUAUUGUAUGAAAGGGAUUGCAGGCACCAAUUUUGCCCUCCUACUUUGUGGCUUUCACCAGGUAGAAAUAAUCGGCCGCCCAUCGCUGUAGCUGCUAGGACUCAUGAAGUUUUAUCAGCUACUUCAAACGGUGAUGAUGCCUCAACCUCUCCGUGCAUGGGCUCCAUCAUUACUGUUAUUCCACACAUCUUCCCUUUUGAAGAAAGGGUUGAGAUGUUCAGAGAAUUCAUCAACAUGGAUAAAGCAUCAAGAAAAAUGGCUGGUGAAGUUGUUGGACCUGGUGCACGUUCCGUCGAGAUAGUAAUUCGUCGUGGUCAUAUUGUUGAAGAUGGAUUUCAGCAGCUAAAUAACUUAGGAUCAAGGUUAAAGUCCAGCAUCCACGUCUCUUUCGUGAAUGAGUCUGGUCUUCCAGAGGCUGGCCUGGACUAUGGUGGGUUAUCCAAGGAAUUCUUGACAGAAAUAGCCAAAGCAGCCUUCUCACCUGAGUAUGGUCUGUUCACUCAGACCUUGACUUCAGAUAGACAUCUAAUUCCUAAUACAGCUGCAAGAUUUUUGGACAAUGGAAUUCAGAUGAUCGAGUUUCUGGGGAGAAUCGUUGGCAAAGCACUCUAUGAAGGAAUAUUGCUAGAUUAUUCCUUUUCACAUGUUUUUGUUCAAAAGCUGUUGGGCCGCUAUAGCUUUCUUGAUGAAUUAUCUACACUUGACCCUGAGCUAUACAGGAAUCUUAUGUAUGUUAAGCACUAUGAUGGUGAUGUCAAGGACCUCGCAUUGGAUUUUACAGUUACUGAAGAGUCAUUGGGGAAACACAUUGUUAUUGAGCUUAAACCUGGUGGCAAGGAUAUUUCUGUAACGAAAGAGAACAUGUUGCAAUAUGUUCACGCAAUGGCAGAUUUUAAAUUAAAUCGGCAGAUACUUCCUUUCUCAAAUGCAUUUUAUAGAGGAUUGACGGACCUUAUAUCCCCUUCCUGGUUAAAGUUGUUUAAUGCAAGUGAAUUUAAUCAGUUGCUUUCAGGGGGAAACCAUGAUAUUGACAUUGAUGAUUUAAGGAAAAAUACGCGCUAUACUGGAGGUUACACAGAAGGGAGUCGGACAGUUAAACUCUUUUGGGAGGUAUUUGCGAGUUUUGAACCAAAAGAACGGUGUUUGCUGCUUAAGUUUGUGACAAGUUGUUCUCGAGCUCCUUUGCUUGGAUUCAAAUAUCUGCAGCCAACCUUCACCAUUCACAAGGUUUCUUGUGAUUUGCCACUAUUGGCAACAUUCGGGGGACAGGAUGUUGAUCGGCUCCCUUCAGCUUCUACUUGCUACAACACCCUCAAGCUUCCAACAUACAAACGCCAGAAUACCUUGAGAGCAAAGCUUCUAUAUGCUAUCAAUUCCAAUGCUGGUUUUGAACUUUCAUAACCAUUGUGCAGGUAAAGUGGUUCUCUCUUUGUUUGUAAACACAAGAGCUAGCAAAAGAUCACCCCUCUCCUUCCUCGACACCAAAAGAAAGAAGAUACCAGAAGAUUAAAUUAUUAUUAUUUUUAUGACAAAUGGAAUGCUUAAUAACUUACUUUAAACAAGUCCGUCCUUUUUUUUUCUUUUAAAAAUCUGGGUAGGAAAUCAAGUAGAAUAUAUAGUGUUGACUAGAGCUCAUCUCAUGGGACGACUCAAAGACAUACAUAAUACUGUUCUUUCCGUUGACAUCAAAUACCGAAAAACAGACGUGUUGUACUUUACUGUAACUGCUUUUAUAUAGAUAUAUGAAAUAAGACUGACUAAAGCCUCUUUCAAUUUUAAAAGUAAUAAGCAAUAUCAUACAAAGUAGACAGUUUCUGCAGCUUUGAGGCUUUAAGAGAUGAGGUCAAAGCCCUGUUCCAACAGGCUUUGGGCUAACUUCUCAUUGGCCGAUUCUGAGGGAUGAAAUCCAUCCCAGAAGACAUAAUUUGUAGCAUUGGAGCAUGUUCCAAUGGACCUGGCAUUACAAAGGAAUGAUGUUUCUAUUGUACCAGUCCCGCAGCAACCCUUCCUUGAUUCAAAAAAUCCUGGAAAAGAGGAAUAUUAUCAGCAAAAAACUUUCGUAAUUGACCUUUUUGAUUUUAGAGUACAGUAGCAGGAAACCCAUUUUAGAAAUUUACAUUUCUUCCUAAUGUCAAGUUUCAAGAAAUGAGACACAUUUUUUUAAAAAAAUGUUGACAAUAAAAUUCUGUACAUAUUAGUGCUUUGCAAAACUUUUGAAGGGUAAGCGAGUUUGAGAAAAAGGGAGGAAAAGGAGAAGGGAGAAAUGGUUUCGGCAUCUUACCUCUUUCUGCAGGUUUUGUGAUCAGAUCAAAGAGAGGCUGGUAGAUGUCGAAGACUACGAGCUUGAUGCCAGGAAGCUUGCUCUUUAACUUUUGAGUUGUCCUGUUGAGCUUAAUGUUGAAAGAUAUUGCAUCUUUGUUCAGUUUUGCAACACACUUGUUGGUUCCUCUACCGAACAAAGUAAUGGCAGCUGGCAAACAACCAGUUGGUGGCAGAGUUGUGACCCCAAUCCUCCUUGCUCCCAGAUCAUAGAGGUUCUGUCCAUAGAUCGCUGCUGAUAUUAACAUGCUGAUUGGCUUGUGUAUAAUUGAACAAUUUACAUAUAAUAUUUCUUAGUUUGUGAUAUAUAAAUACAGCUUGAUCUCAUUUCUUAGUUUCAGGAUAAGUCUACCUGGUGCUCAAGUGUAUGCCAUUUUUGUACAUCCUGUAACAAUCCCAAUUUUCUGUAAUGUUAUAAGUGCUUGUUAUGAUUCA